AUGAACGGUUCAGACAGUGAAGCCUCCCACUCCAAUGUACGAACAACUAUAUCAGUGGCACCACGACCUGUGCAGCCCACAGUGAACCACGUGGAAUAUGAAAAGCUGGGAACACAAGCCAUGGACGCAAGAAGCAUUACCCAGAAUGCAUCUGUUAGAGUUCUAACAGAGGAUGAUCGAUCAUUAGUUGCUGCCACUUCCGUGACUAACAGAAGAGGGGAAGCUCAGCUCAGCUGGCUCCUGAGGUUCCCCUCAUUCUUCAAAACUCCAAACACAGUGACAGCAUCACAGUGGAGUUCGGUGUGGUGUCUGGAGCCACCAGCUACAUCAUCCGGGCAGAGAACGGGCUCAUCUGGGCUUUUCUCUGAAAGCCUGGUGGACACUUCCCCCGGGACAGUGGUCGGUCUGCUGCCUUACACCCAAUUCACACUCAGCGUGAUGUCCGUCAACACUGGGGGAAGGAUGUUGGUAGCCCCAGAUCUGAUUUCCAGCUCCCCCAGCAGUGACACCAUUGUGAUAGACUGGGAUCCAGUGGACCAAGCUGUGCUAUACAGCCUGGUCAUGACCCUGGUAGACAACCUCCAGCAAGCCACUUCAUACAGCUGUUACGUUUAUUCCUCCAAUCCUGCAGGACUCGGUGCCAAGAGCCUUGUCAAAACCAUCAGAACGUUGGUGCAGCCACCGAAUAACGUGGCCGUGACAGAGUUAACUCAGGGCAUGGCUCGCGUAACAUGGAACAGUGUUUCAGGCGUUCUGCUCUACCAGAUGUCAGUGACAGCCAAUAACAAGCCGGGAUUUCCCCCGGUUCUUAAGAACGUCACUGGUACCGCUAUGAAUAUCUCAAACCUGGAGCCGUGUACAACAUACACAAUAGGGGUUGCAUCCAUCAACAUGUUCCUGGAACCAGGAGAGUCCACCAACUUCACCUUCUUAACUUCCACCAUUUCAACAGUUUCCUCCAUCUCUGUGGAGUACAGCUGUCUUACUUCUACAGCAAUAGUCAGGUGGGGUGUGGUUUUUGGUGCCACAUUGUACCGCGCCGUCAUUACAGAUGGUCAAGGCCGGUCGUUCAACUGCACUUCCACGAACACUACCUGCCAGUUCUUGAUGCUGGUCUGUGGAGAACGAUACACUGUACGGAUUACAGCCAUUGGUAAUUGUGAAAGCACUUCUGAUGGCACCUACGUCUUUGAGACAGCACCCUGCCCACCCAAAGCCCCACAGCUGUACCGUGAGUGUUCGACUAAUGUCAUCUUGUUCUCGUGGGAUUCCACCAACAACACGGCUUAUUACUUCGCCAUAGCUGUGGACUCAGACCAACUGGUAACUGAAUGCCUCACUGUGGACACCUCCUGUUUUUUCACCGACACCGUCUGUGGUAAAACCUACAGCUUCUAUGUCAGAUCCAUCUACACCGGAGGACUAGACUGCAACACUGGAUACACAGAUGGUGUGGUAAUCAAAACGGCCCCAUGUUUACCGCAGAACAUUUACACAACAGCAAACUGUGCUAGCAUCAGCAGUGCCGUCAUUACUUGGCAUGAGGCCGCAGGAGCCAAGACCUACAUUGUGGAGGCCCGCGGCAAUCGUAAAGAUUUCUACAACUGUUCGUCUGCAAACACAAGUUGCACGCUAACAGAUCUGGAAUGCGGAGAGAGCCUGAGCGUGUGGAUUGUUGCCACAAAUGGUGACUGUACUACUGAUCCUGUGCUGGGAGAGGUGGCAGAGACAGUUCCAUGCAUACCUCAGAACGUGUCCGCUGUGAAGACUUGUAGUUCAGAGUCUGCCUCUCUCACAUGGAACAAUGCCAAUGGUGCCGUCUUGUACAUUGGAACAGCAACGCACAUAGACGGUACAGUUCACACCUGCGCUGCCAUGGCGCCAGAGUGCACAUUCCCAAACCUGCGAUGUGGCGAGACAUAUGAUGUGAAAGUCAAAGCAACUAACCUGCAAUGCAACAGUUCUGAGAGUCAACAUGUCACCCUGCAGACGGCUCCAUGUGCUCCAGUCAGAGUGGGGGUCACUAGAGACUGUGCAGCGAAUCACGUGAUAGCAAGCUGGCAGGCCCUUCAGGCUGGGAGUCUGUACAUGGCAGUACUGCAGGAUGAACAUGGACCCACAGUUAACUGCAGCACCAGCUCUAACAACUGCACAUUCACAGACCUGCUCUGUGGAAUGAACUACAACCUCACAGUCACAAGGAAUGAUGGUCAAUGCAGGAGUCUGCCAUCCUCAUCCAUUCAGAUACAGUCAGCUCCCUGUGACCCUCAAAACAUCACAACUGUGCUCCAGUGUGACACCAACACAGCCAACGUGGCAUGGGCUGUCAGCGCAGGAGCUAAUGGGUACACAGCAAUUGCAACAGACAGGCAGCAGCAACGUUUAGCUUCUUGUCACUCUAUGGGAACUUCCUGUCAGCUGACCUCUCUGCCGUGUGGGAUGAGACUAAAUGUGACUGUCCAAGCUGAUGGCACCACCUGCAACAGCAGCUCUCAACCUAAAGCUGUAGUGGAAACAGGUGACAGCUCAUGUUAA